UCAGGAGGAUUGGGACGUUGGGGAGCAGUCCGAGGAUUAGUCUUGAAGAGAUGGGAAAUGAAAUUAAUACUAUAUAUCGUAUGAGCCACAUACUCUAUAUCUAGUCAACUCAAUCGCCAUAAUAAACUUGUAGUAUCGUAGUAAUAUCUCUCAAGGACUGUACAGGAUUACUUCACUCCCAUAAGCUCUGCCCAAUCCCAAAGAUUCCAAACCCAGGCCAGAUUGUAUAUAUAUAGGAUAUACCUACAUGAAGAUUCCAACCACGUCAUAGCGAAAAUUUGAACGAGAACAAGCGUUUGUUAAAGUUACUCCCCACUCGACAGAUAAGAUAAUGAAAUACUCACACCCCGAAUCAUCAGUCGAUCUACCGAUCGAUCCAACUAACGAAAGCAACUAAUCAAUUGCCUAUGCUAGAUGUCGUCUAACCAUAUAAACGAUUUAUCCAAAGUGCAACCACUGUGCUAGCAUACAAUACUACAUAUAUUCCUAGGAUACGUUUAUGUUUAUGCCCACGACGAGCAUAAUUUUUAUGAUUGAUUUAUUGAUUGAUUACAUAGUUAACUAACGACUAAUUAGUUUAAUUCGUAUCAAAGUGUUUUAUGAUUUAACCACUUAUAUACAUAAAUAUAUAUAUAUAUAUUUAUACGUAACUGAACGAGCAACUGAAACUGAACGAUCAAGUAACUCCCAAGCAGCUAAAUAAUAAUAUACGAUAAUUAUACAUACAAAGCAUAUUCUUAUAUAUAAUGCAAUUAUACAAAUACGAUAGUUAUUGUCAAAUCUCUCUCUGUGCAAGAGAUGUUUAAAUUGGUUUUGUCCCAUCAUUUUGUUCUAUCAAUUAAACUGUGAGAAGCAUAAUUCAAAUGGUUUUAUUUGGCAGUUAUUAUUAUUUAUAUUCUACUUCGGGUAUCUUUUAUAAAAACAAUGUUGUCUCAGCGACUAUUGAUUACUUGAAUGUGAAUGAAUGUUGCAACUUAUAUAGCCAUAUCGGAUCGUAUGCUAAUUUCUUGCUGCCUUGCCAGCACCUGGCAUUUAGGCCACUUUUGGAGCCAAGUGUUUGACAAUUUGGAGCGUCCAUUACCCAGGCCUUCUCCUCCCAAAAAAAAAACUAUAAAAACAAAGACUCGAUCCAAGACAAUGCAUAUUCAGUUUUUGGACUCUGUGACAGCAACAAUCUCUUAGAAAUGCAGCAAAUGUUGGUUAUUGUAUCCCUGGGAUUGCUGGCCAGUGUGGCAGCCAAGCCAGCUGUGGACCAAGCUCUGUUUUCGGCUGGGUCACCUUUCGGUUUCUAUCCAGGAUCGGCUGCUCCUUUUGCCGCCUACACGGCUGCUCCCUUUGCUGCUGCCCCUUUUGUCAAUCCCUUGGGUGCUUCCCCUUUGUCAGCAGUGUCCAGCAGCCAGCGCUUGGACUACUUUAACCAGUUCAAUGCCGCCUUUGCCCCGACUGCUCCUGCUCGCAUCCUGGCUGCUGCCCCAUUUGCUUCUGCUGGCACCCGCCUCAUUCAACCAACUCGUUUGAUUGCUCCAGGAGUAGCGGCACCAUAUUUCUUUUAAAAAAAACUCAAACA